AUGGCGCAGUCUUCACUAUUAUUGACUACUACUUACAUACUCUUUCUUCUAACCAUCACCAUCACCGCGAUCACUGAUAAAACAGUCAGUAAUAAUGGCGUUGUUGUCACUUUCAUUGAUUCUCCAACUGAUUCUCCCACUGAUUCUCUCACCGAUUCUACCUCAACCUUAUCGCCUAACUCCUUAACUACAUUAUCGUCCUCCAUAAAUUCUCCUGUGCCAUCUUCGGAUGAUGAUGAUGAUUCUGAAACUUUAUUAUCUACAACUGUGUUAUCUUCGUCAGAUGGUCAAACAUCAUCUCUUCCUUCUCAUUCAUUCUAUUCGUCGCCUCAACCUUCUUCCUCCUCCCAACCUUCAUCCAAUUCUUCGAGAUCGUUCUCUGGUCAAUUUCUCACCGAUCUCAAAAAUGCAACCGGUUUUCAUGUGGUAGUCGCGAUUGCCUAUUUGGUGAUCUUUCUCAAUUGCUCCGGUUGCAUUUACAUCUUCUAUCGGUCUUGGAUGCAAUGGAAGCUUUCCACAAAAAGUUUGUCAAUGAUAUUUAGGUUACCAUUUUACACCGCUGUUUCUGAUUCGGGAAUUGCGGUAAUAGGAGCGAUCGAUAUCUAUCAAACAUCAGCGAACGCAAUAGCUUGGUCUCAACCAACUUGUGGUGUACUUGGUGCAUUGAACUAUCUCUUCAUCUCUCUAAAUUUGACGCUUUACAGCGCUAUAAGCAUAACCACAUAUCUUCGAGUAUGCCGAGAAAUUUACAUUGAUCUUGGAAAGUAUGAUUAUAAGUUGUGGUUAAUGGUGUUUCUGUUUUCGGGAAUAUUUCAAUUGAUUGUCGAUCAAAAAUAUUGGUGCUCUACGAGAUACGACAGCUCGUUCGUACUCACCUUUCUAUUCAUUCUAAUCUCCAUCAUCCUUAUCCUCGUCAUCUCUUGUUGCAUCCUCAUCCUAAGAACUCUUCUUGAUGCGGCAAGAAAUAAUGUCUAUAGGCCGCGUGACCAACAAUCCAACAAUCACAAUUCUGGAAAUUCUAAUUUCUAUGGUCGAAAUCUUCGAAAUUUCUUUAGAUGCAAUUGUAAUUUUAAUGUUCGAGGUAUUGUCAACAUUCGAAGGUUUAGAAAGAGCAUCAAUACCAACAAUCAAAGACGAAGGCAUUCCGAAAUAUCAAGGAGGCGUAGUGAAUUGGAAAAGCGCGCGUUGAAUAAAGUAUUGGGUUAUCUUCUUGUGUUCAUUAUACAGUGGCUUCCAGUGCAAAUUUACGCAUUGACCAAAAUUUUUCAGGUGCAUUCUUCUUGGCUUUACAUUAUUUGCGUUGUAGGGAUGCACUCUGGUGGGACGGGAAAUGCAAUAACGUAUGUGAUGAACGAAGGCUGGAAACCGCAUGAAACUCCUUCCUCUAGAUGGGCGACAACGAAUGAUUCACCAUCGUCCAAGAACGUGAACCCACUACCACCGUCGUCGCCCUACCAUAAUCAGAGCGAACAUUCACUAUCUCAUUCAGCCCCACAAGCCAUAUUUCAUCCGCAAGAUGAUAGUGGUAUUGGUGCCGGCGUUGUUGAAUCCGUUAAACAACCUCAAGAGAUUCACAUCGAUCCUUGUCAACAAAAACCUGAUUCUCAUCAAUUGGAUCUUCGCCAGCCGUCAUCACCCGCAUUCCAAUUUCUUGGAAACAAUCCGCACAAUCGUCGUAAUUCUCAAAAAUAUCGUCACAGUUCAUCGAGACUUCUUAUUCAAGAAGUCGUAACCAAUAUGCUCAAUAAUGGAAAUAAUAUAAAUCCAGGUUUUAGUAAUAUUAAUGACGUUGAGAAUAGUUACAAUAAUAAUGUUAAAACAAAGAAAAGUCAUGAUGAUUAUCACGCUAACAAUAGUCGUGGUAAUAGUAUUUAUACUGUCAAUCGAAAUGAUAAUGUCGAUAAUAAGCAUUGUACUGGUGAUGGCACAGAUCAUUUAAACAACGCUCACGAGAGUUCGCUCUCAAUAUUCGUUGAUGCUUAUGAGAAGAUAGUGUCUAGUCUUACGGAUAACGAAAUAGAUAUAUUUAACAGUGAUGUUGAUCUCGAGUACGAUGAGAAGGAAUAA